AUGAAGUUUGGUAAGACAUUUCAAUCUCAAUUGAUCCCAGAAUGGUCAAUUUACUACAUGAACUACAAGGCCCUCAAGAAAUUGAUUAAAUCUAUAGAUGCCCUGAUUCAUGAUUCCAAUACAGAUCCUAGCCAACACCCCGAGAUCGUCACCGAAACCCUUGCCUGUUUUUUCUUUGAAGUUGAUCGUGACAUUGAGCAGGUUGAUUCGUUCUAUAAUACCAAGUUCCAGGAGUAUAAUCGAAGAUUAAACCGGGUGGUCAAGUACGAUUCUCACAUCGAGUCUACGGAAGAGUUGGAUGAGAUAAUUACGAUUUUGGUCGAGUUAAGAGCUUCGUUUAGAAAUUUACAAUGGUUUGGAGAAUUGAACCAGAAGGGGUUCUCAAAAAUCUUGAAAAAGCUAGACAAGAAAUUGACCUCUGUCAUGAGUGAUCUGAACAGUUAUCCUUUUGAUAAUCAUAACAAGGAAGCUUAUUUGACCACCAGAAUUAACGCUCUUCCUUUUGCCAAUGGAGUCGAGUUGAAGAACGCAUUGGAAACAAUUAACCAUAUUUUGAUGCAAUUAGGUGCAGAUUCCAUCAGACCUCGAGACGAUGCUGCCUCUGCAGAAGAUUUAGUUUCAGUAUUCAACAGUUUAGUUAUUGAGGAUGGAGAUGUCAGUGACGCCUUGGUGAGAUAUUCCGACAAAUUGAGUAACAGAUUCUUGCUUUUGGUACUUAAUAAAGCAACAUUGGCUAAUUCCACCAAGUGUAUUGACCAAUUAUUGAAACAUAUGACUGGUUUAGGAUAUGCUUUGUAUGAUGAUUCUGAUAUUAACGGAAGAAACUUCUUUCAUCAACAUAUCAUUAGUCUUGGCAAGGAAAACGAUAGACAAGUUGACGGCAAGAGAGCGAAUGGUGUGAAUAAAAUGUAUGGUUUGACAUAUGUCUUAAACAAAUUAGAUGAAUCGCAAAGACAUUUGUUAAUUGCCAAAGAUCAAUAUUCACGUACUCCGUUACAUUAUGCUGCCAAGUAUGGAUUACAAAUAACAGGUAGCCUCCUCGAGAAAGUAAAAUCGUGGGAUUUAAUUGACACCACCAAGUCAAUUGAUGAUAUUGAAGUUUGGGGAGACCAAGAAGGUUUAACUCCUUUGCAUAUUGCCAUUAUUGGGAAGCAUUCGUCUACUAUCCAAGCAUUAAUCCAAUUCAACCAUCCAAACAAAUUAAUUUGUCCUAAUGUUCUUUUAUUGGCUGUUAGAAUGAACUCGUGUCAAAUACUUGAUUCGUUAAUUCAAGAAGGUAAUAUUGAUGUCAAUUAUACAGAUGCUGAUCAUAACCACGAGACUGCCCUCUACAUUGCCUGUAAAUUGAACUACCCGGAUGUGGUCCAGUUCUUGCUUGAUCAUGAUGCCGAUACGGAAAUUGGUGAAAUUGUAUUUGGAUGGACACCAAUUUUCAUCGCUGCUAGCGAGGGAUACCUUUCCAUCGUGAAGUUAUUGAAAGAGUAUGGUGCCAAGUAUGACAUUGUUGAUGAUUCCAAAUGGUAUCCCGUUGAACAUGCCAGUUUGCGUGGUUACUUAGAUGUGGCUGAUUUGUUAAUUCCAGAUAAUCAAGAAUUGUUAUUAUUUGAUCAAUUACAUCAAGAACGUAAUUUACCCAGAGUUAGACCAGGAAGUGUCAGUCCUGCUAUGAUGCAACAUGCUGAUUCGUCUGGUUCUAGUAUCGAUAGGUUGAAUAGUCUGCAUCGGGAAACUAUUACUCAAUUGUACCAACAUUUGAAAAUGAAUUCCAGCACUACGGCAGUAGAUAAGACUAUGAAACCAGUAAAAUCGUUUGGUCAUAGAUAUUUAAGUGAAGAUGAAUCAAUUCUUUUGGUUACUUUGGGGACUACUGAUUUACGGGAUAAUUCUCCUCCUAUUGAAUUAAAUAAGUCAGUAGACUUGGUGUCUGACUUGGAUACUGCAUUAUCAUUAUUGAUUACCUGUCGUAAUAAAAGAACCAAUGAACCAGUUGAACCACCCGUGGUGGUUGAUUUACCCAUUGAAAACCAUCAUGGAAGUGCCACUGAUCCAAUAACAUUCAAACUCACCAAUGGACUUAAAUCCAAGGAUGUAGUUCUUACAUUCGAUUUAGCUCCAACUUAUCAACACGAAAAAUCUAUUCUUGCUCGUGCAACCGCAAUUUUAAGUGAUGCAUACACCAAGGUGGGACCAGCUGAACUUCGCUCGUUACAUAGCGGGAUUGCCACUCCGUUGAUUGAUCAUAACCUUAACAUAAUGGGGAAAGUCAGAUUUGAAUAUCUUGAAGUAUUAGCAUUCAAACACCCUUCCAUGACCUUGACAAGAUCAGACACGUACUGGAAACAAUUAGUGUCAACUAGAGUCAUUGGUCAUCGUGGGAUGGGUAAGAACCAAAGUGAGCGUAAAUCAUUGCAAUUGGGUGAAAACACCGUGGAGUCGUUUGUCGCUGCUGCCAGUUUGGGUGCUUCUUAUGUGGAAUUCGACGUUCAAUUAACCAAGGAUUAUGUGCCGGUUAUUUAUCAUGAUUUUACCGUGGCUGAGCUGGGAGUGGAUAUUCCAAUGCAUGCCUUGACCUCGGAACAGUUUUUGGGAUUGACUGAGUACAAGAAGAAGAAAGAGGGUAAGGCCCAGGGAAGAAGGAAUAGUAGCACUGAUAUUACUGGUACUCGUAACCCACCCCGUGCUAGAUCUUCACACCAGUUGCAAAAUAACGCAUUUACCAAGUUGGACUAUGAUGCUGACAUUGAGCGCGAGUUUGCUGAUCAUAUAAACCAAAGAAUGAAGCUUACACGUACCUGGAAAACCAAUGCGUUCAAGGGUAACGCUCGAGGAUUAUCCAUUGCUUCCAAUUUUGUCACUCUUCGUGAAUUAUUCCAUAAAGUGCCAGCUAAUGUUGGAUUUGAUAUCGAAUUGAAAUAUCCGAUGUUGGAUGAGGCCCAACAAGAAGGUAUGGGUGAAAUCAGUAUUGAUUUGAAUCACUACCUUGAUGUCAUUCUCAAGGUUAUUUACGAUGAGAAUACCAUGAAGAGAGAUAUCAUUUUCAGUAGUUUCCACCCGGAUGUGUGUAUCUUGCUUUCUUUGAAACAACCAACAAUCCCAAUUUUGUUCCUUACCGAAUCAGGAACUACCUCCAUGGCAGAUAUCAGAGCCAGUUCAUUGCAGAAUGCAAUUAGGUUUGCCAAGAAGUGGAACUUGUUAGGGAUUGUUUCUGCUGCUGCUGUAUUUGUGAAGACUCCAAGAUUGGCUGAAGUGGUCAAAUCCAGUGGGUUGGUGUGUGUUACCUAUGGUGAAGAGAACAAUGCUCCGGAAUUGGCCAAAAUCCAAAUGAAGGCGGGUGUGGAUGCUGUUGUUGUUGAUAGUGUGUUGGCAGUGAGGGAAGGUCUCAGAGCUGAAGUUGAUACUAUCAAUGGGGAUAUAUAG